UAGUAUGUAUUUAUAACUUUUUAUCAACAAUAUUGCGUCGCUCUUCGGACUGCAGCAUGGGAGUUCACAUUUAGUGUUCUAUAAACGUUCGUCUGCAAAGGUUUUGCUAAGCAUGUUUCGGCUGAAAGCUCUCCUAUAUUACGCAACUAUCGCAAUAGUUAUUAAUGGAUCGUCAGGAUCCGAGGACACUGGUCGUUUCGUGUGCCGAUUGGAGGAUCCUCCCAAUCAAUGCGGGGAAUUCUGCCUUACAGCGUUGAUGCCACUGAUCGAUCACAUUGCCAAGGUCCAGGAGCAGUCGAAAACAUGCAACCUUGACAACGGCCUAUCCAAGACUAAGUUGGAAGAAAUAGAGGGCCAUCAGAAGGAUAUUCAGACACAAAUUGAAAGCCAGAAGACAUCACUUACGGAAUCGUGGAAGAAGAUCAUUGCGGAUGACAUCGGGAACAGAAUUAAUGGGCUGGAAAGUAAACAACUCAAGAUGGAAGGUCAACUAUCUGCCAUACAGGAUUCAUUGACUACUAUAAAGAAGUCUCUGGAGAAUGUGAUUUGGGAAAAAAUCAUUUCACAAGGGUUCAAGCGAAUCGGAUCGAGAUAUUUGUACAUCGAAAACAAUGAUAGCAGAAACUGGUCCAGCGCUUCAAGAACAUGUAAGCAGAUGGGAGGUAAUCUAGCCUCAAUAUUAAAUAGAGAAGACUUUGAUGCUAUCGUUUCACAACUGAACGAUGGAGAAAGCUAUUUGGUUGGCAUUACCGAUGUGGCGGAAAAGGGCGUUUUCAUAUCUGUGUCCUCCGGAAAGGAAGCUCCUUUUCUGAAAUGGAAACCGGGGGAGCCCAUAUACUACCAUGAUGAUCAGCGUUGCGUUACUAUACAUGACGGUGCCAUGUGGGUUGACGGUUGUUCUAGUUCUCACAAGUUCAUUUGCGAGGCAGGAUAUAUUAUAUAAUAAACAAAAAUAUAUAUGCCGUUAUACGAGUAUUGCUGAUAACUAUGAGUGAAUAUGUUAUGAUUAGCAAUGUAAAAUAAUAAAAAAACAAACAUUUUGUACAGA